AUGCAAGAAGUGAUGGUAUUAGAUGGUGGAUUUUCUACACAAUUAGCAACUCAUGUUAAUGAUACAAUAGAUGGUGAUCCAUUAUGGACAGCACGUUUCCUUGUUACAAAUCCUAAUGCAAUUAUUUCUACACAUUUGGAUUUUUUGAAAGCUGGAGCAGAUAUAAUUUUAACAAACACUUAUCAAGCAUCUAUUGAUGGCUUUUCAAAAUAUAUGAACAUUACAGAAGAAGAAAGUCUUGAUAUCUUUUCUAAAGCUGUAGAUUAUGCUAAAGAAGCUGUGAAUUUGUAUAAAAAAGACAUAGAAAAUAAAGCUAAUGUUAUAAAUGCAAAUCCAUUGAUUGCUGGAUCAAUUGGACCAUAUGGAGCUUGUUUACAUGAUGCUUCAGAAUAUAGUGGCAAAUAUUGUUCAAAUGUAACAGAAGAAUUUCUUAUAAAUUGGCAUAGACCACGUAUUCAAAAAUUGAUAGAUAAUGGUGUUCAUAUAUUAGCUAUAGAAACAAUUCCAUGUAAACAAGAAGCAGAAGCAUUGAUUAAAUUAUUAAAAGAGUAUCCAAAUAGUAAAGCUUGGUUAUCUUUUUCAUGUUGCAAUGAUGGAAAAAGUAUAGCAGAUGGAACUAAUUUUCAACAAAUUGCAAUGCAAUGUUAUAGAAAAGCUUUACCAAAACAAAUUUUAGCAAUUGGAGUCAAUUGUACUGCACCACAAAAUGUAACUAAAUUAUUAAAAGGAAUUAAUGAAAAUAACAAGCAAGAAUUUGUACCAUUGGUAGUAUAUCCCAAUAGUGGUGAAAAAUAUACAAUAGAAAAUGGUUGGAUAAUAAAAGAUGAAGAAUGUUCUUUACAUGAAUUUAUAUAUGAGUGGCUUACUUUAGGUGUUCGGUAUAUAGGUGGAUGCUGUAGAACAAAUGCCACUGAUAUAAAGAAAAUACGAUUAGAGGUAGAGAAAUGGAAAAGAAAUUAA